GCUCAACAGCCGCUUAAACAAACAGUAGAAGAAGAAGAGGCAGUAGAAGAAGAAGUCCUUCCUUUCAGGAGCUCCACACGUGUUUCUUUGAGUGUUGGAGGCAGAAUUGAAGCGGCAUCAGGAGAAGUUUCCAGUCCGUCGCUUGGUCGCUAAUCUUCAGCUAACAUGAAACCAGGUUUCACUCCCCGUGGAGACAGAGGAGGACGAGGCGGGGGCCGCGGCGGCUUCAGAGGCGGGUUUGGAGACCGGGGUGGACGUGGAGGAGGAAGAGGUGGUGGAUUUAGGUCUCCAGACGGUGGAGGAUUUCGUGGCCGUGGGGGUGGCAGAGGCACCCCAAGAGGAAGAGGAGGCAGAGGAGGAGGAAGGGGUGGUGGCAGAGGAGGCUUUGGAGGAGGGAAGAAGGUCCUGAUUGAGCCUCACAGACAUGAAGGGGUCUUUAUCUGCAGGGGGAAGGAGGAUGCCCUGGUAACCAAAAACAUGGUGGUGGGGGAAUCAGUGUAUGGAGAAAAGAGGAUGAGCGUCGAGGAAGGAGAGACAAAAAUCGAAUACAGAGCAUGGAAUCCUUUUCGUUCCAAGCUGGCGGCAGCCAUCUUAGGAGGAAUUGACCAGAUCCACAUCAAACCCGGAGCCAAGGUCAUGUACCUGGGCGCUGCCUCGGGUACCACCGUGUCCCACGUGUCGGACAUUGUUGGACCAGACGGGCUGGUCUAUGCAGUGGAGUUCUCCCAUCGAUCCGGUCGAGAUCUGCUGAAUGUGGCAAAGAAACGCACCAACAUCAUUCCCAUCAUAGAAGACGCCAGGCAUCCGCACAAAUACCGGAUGCUGGUCGGCAUGGUGGAUGUGAUUUUUGCUGACGUGGCGCAGCCUGACCAGACCAGGAUUGUUGCUCUGAACGCUCACAACUUCCUGAAAAAUGGAGGACACUUUGUCAUCUCCAUAAAGGCUAAUUGCAUCGACUCGACAGCAGCACCAGAAGCAGUUUUUGCUUCUGAGGUGAAGAAAAUGAGCGCUGAGAACAUGAAACCUCAAGAACAGCUGACUCUGGAGCCCUAUGAGAGGGACCAUGCUGUGGUGGUGGGCAUCUACAGACCUCCACCUAAACAGAAGAAAUGAGUGGAAAAUGGACAGAAGGUGACCCCACCAUCACUGUCCACUCCAAAGAAAUCCCCUUCAAGUCACCCCGUCUACCUGAAAUACGCUUCCAACUCUUGAUUCCAUCGCAGGAAUACCUUCAUGUUCUUUAAUAGUCCGCUUUAGUUUGUCAUUUUUAACAUGUUGAUGUAAAAUAACGUUCGACCCAUCUGCUUUUUAUGCCUUAAAAAAAAGAUGACAUAACUUUGAGGGUUAGAUUGUGUUUAAUACAUGGUAAUUAAGAUAUAUCUUAAACCUUAACAUACAAUAGAUUUGGAUCUUAAAUGAAUAAAUCUGUAUUCUCUCCAAAGUCUAAGUACAGCACUGUAGAAACCGAUAACUGUGAGAACUUUGCUUUAGAAACGUCGGGAAAAGUCAUUUCUGGCACUUUUCUCCUACAGUUGCUGGCCUGGAUUUCUCAAAGAUGAGAAGGAGGCAGAUCUACAGUCCUGCCCCAGUCCUUUAGUUCUCAUCAUUUCUGAUGAAAGACGGAUUAGAUUUACUGACUGGUUAAUUCAAGGAACUGUUUCAGGGUCGGUCUCUACUGCAGUCAGUGUUCAUUUGCAUAGAAAUAUCAAAUUAUAUUUUAUUUAGUGUCAGAUUACAUUUAAAUGCUUUGAGAGGAAGUGGAAUAGAACGAUGUCAGUUGGGUUAAAUUUAACGAUGUGCGUUUAUAACUUUCAUUUGGAGGCCGACCUUUGGAAAUGUGUUUGGUUUAACAAACAUUUCUGUUUCAAAACUAUACUGGCUUCUGUUAAAAUUGCUCAAUAUUGUGAGGCUAGAAACUUUUUUUUUUUUCCCCCAUUUAAUUUCAUGGAAGAAUUUAAAUAAUUACAGGUUUCAGCAUUUCUGUGUUUAUUGCAGAAGUCUCUACAUUGCUUUCGUGUGAAAACAGGACAUUUAUUUUAUGGGUAAAAUAUGUAUAAAGAACUCUGACUUUCUGUUCAUUCUAAAAUGUCCUGAUUGAUAUGGUGAAGAAUUUGUAUUUUAUUUUUCUGUUUGAAAGGCAAAUGUUUGAAUAAAUGUUUGUGCUUUUUUUUAAA